UCUCAUCAUAUAAUGGCCGCAAAGAAAAUAGAGUUAGACGAUCAACUCGUUUAAGCAGCAUUGGAGUUACAUCUGCGACGCCUACGCUGCCAACACCAACACGAAAUACCCGCAGGUCAAACAUAUGGGGUCAUAGACAAAGCACUCAUUCGAUACACAGUGACGAAGAGGAAGAAGAACGUUCCUCGAAUUGUAGCAACGAAGAAAAUUGUGAUCGUAUCAAUCAAAUGGCUGCCCAUAGGAAAAGAUCAAUGGCGAAGUCAAGUAAAUCAUUGGACGCGCUGGAGGUGGAGGAACCAAAGACACCGAAAAGUAAAAAUGCCCUCAAACCAAUGCCAGCAUCAAAAAAGAAAGAACUGCUAAAAAGACUACAAGCCGAGGAGGAAAUUAAAAGUGCCGAGGAAAGCAAUGAGGCUUCUCCUCCCAAGCAACCACGACAUGCCUCCAAGGCCAUACCGAAUCAUGUUAUAAGUCCCUCCCGCUUAUUGGAUCGCCUUAGUAUUGAUGACAAACCAGGAGAUUUGUCUGAUGCCUCCACGGAUGAGGGGCCAUCACAAAAAUCCCACAAAAAGAAAUCAUCACACAAAGAAGAAACUCCCAAGAAAUCUCCUGCCCCACGUAACAAAUAUCAAAAUGCCCGCAGAGUUUUGAAUAGUGCCGAGUGUCAAAAACUGCCAGGGCGUGAGGAACAAUUGGCCGAGCUGACGGACUUCUUUAGGGAACACCUGCAAAAUAAGAAAUCUGGCAGUUUGUAUGUAUCUGGACAACCGGGUACGGGUAAAACAGCCUGUCUCUCACUGCUCCUGAGGUCACCCGAAUUUUCACAUCGCAUACAGAAGGUCUAUGUCAAUUGUACGUCCAUAGCCUCGAUUGGUGGUGUUUAUAAGAAACUUUGUGCCGAACUGAAUCUAAAGCCUCAUGGUCGGACCGAAAGAGAUCAUCUUAUGGCCAUACAGGAACAUAUCAAAACUUCUUCGCGUAUGCUUUUAAUUGUGCUCGAUGAGAUUGAUCAGCUGUGCAGUUCAAAGCAAUCGGUAUUAUACACUAUAUUCGAAUGGCCUGCCAUGCCAGAUGCAAGGAUACUCUUGGUGGGCAUUGCAAAUAGUUUGGAUUUAACUGAACGAACCCUGUUGCGUUUAAAUGCCCGCUGUGAGCUCAAACCAAAACAUAUGCAUUUCCCACCCUAUUCCAAACAACAAAUUGUUGAUAUAUUUAAAUCCCGUCUGGAGGAGGCGGAAGUUUUGGAUAUUUUCCCACCAGUUACUCUGCAACUACUGGCGGCGAAAGUAAGUGCCGUCAGUGGAGAUGUACGAAGGGCAUUGGAUAUUGGUCGUAGAGUUGUGGAAAUUGCCGAGCAACAGAAAAAGGCUGGAGAGAGGGAGGUGCAGUUGAAAAAUCUUAAUAACAUUGUGGGUGAAUCAAAUGAAACGUCCUCGACUACGCAGGAACCCCAAGAAGAAGUACUUAAACCUGUACAAGUAACCCAGGUCGCCGCUGUCUUAAACAAGGUGUAUGGAGCCUCCCAGAAUCUGCAGGAAGAUAUUGAAGAAUCUUUCCCAUUACAACAAAAAAUCAUGUUGUGUUCUUUAAUGUUGAUGUUACGUAAUGAAAAGAAUAAGGACAUUACCAUGGGUCGUUUACACGAAGUCUAUAGACGUGUAUGUAAUAAACGUAACAUACAUCCAUUGGAUCAGGCAGAAUUUGCUGGGACUGUGGAUCUGGUGCAGACUCGUGGCAUAUUACGCAUCAUUAAAAAGAAGGAACCACGGCUGCACAAGGUCCAAUUGCAGUGGGAUGAGGAUGAAGUAAAUGGUGCCCUGUGUGACAAACAAUUGAUUGCUUCCAUUUUAGAUGACACAGCCUGUUUGGCUAAAUAAGAAUAUCAAAGAAUUGGCACUAGCUCAUGACAAUUUUAUUUUAAAUUUUACAUCCACCUCCCCGCCCAUUACUAGGUGUUGCGGCCCCACACCUUUUCCACAGAGAUAUUUUAAGUUUUUUUUUCUACCCACCUUUUAAUUACUUUUUGGCUACUUACAACAAAAUGCAUUUUAUUUAUAACCCAAAGAAUGACAAACAACAAAUUAUUUUUAAUUGCCAUCCAUCUAUUGUUUAACCUUGAUAUUUCAAGAUUGUUUCUUUCUCUACAUGUAUUUCCUUUUUGAUUGUUUUAAAAUCGAAACUAGCCAACUUUUUGUAUGUGAGUAAGAAAGACUACUUCAUAUCAUAUGUUAAUCAUUGCUAUAUGAGAUUUGUUCUCCACCACAUCUUGACCAUUUUAUAUCAUAAAACAUUUUUAGUUGUUAGUUUGGUAUUUUUAAUUGUAUUUGUCUUUUGUAACCAGCAAGCUAGGGUGUAAUGUUUACAAUACUAGCCUGGUUUCGUUUAAUUGUAAAUCUCCAGGAAUUUUUUUAAAUAAACAAAACAUGUCGACCAAUUGUUUUUGGAAA